AUGUUAUUGCAGGCUCCCUUCGAAAUUAUUGAAAUCGUCAACUCUUACUUAACUAUUCAAGAUAGAACAGAAUUAGUCAGAGUCAGCAAAGAUUUCCAGAGUAUAUUUACACAGUUACUUUAUAGAUUUAUUACAAUUACAACGUAUAAGCAGUUACAGCAACUACUUUAUCUAUUCCAACAAUCUGAAGAAUACCAUUACAACAACAGUCGCAACCAUCAACAUCGCCCUCUUGGACACUGUGUUUAUCAAUUAUCCAUUCUCCUCGACGCUCUUACUGAACAUGAAUUGAACCAAGUCAAGCAUUUCUGUCCUUGCUUACAGACAAUACACAUCGAUUGGCGUAUAUGGAAUUACUUGGCUUAUAGGAUAGAAGAGCCUAACUCUACUGUUAGAAACUAUUUUCCACGCCGUGAAUGGCCAUCUACUGUCGUUGAUUUCAUUUCCUACUAUGGAUCGUGUCGGCUUUCCUCUCUCACUUUGGAUAUACAUCGUAUGCAUGGUAAAAGUCGUCUUUCAAUGUCAAAAGAAGAAAUUAUACGCACUACCGGCGGUCGAAAUAUUCUUUGCAACACUCCAUAUCUGAGGCAUCUGACACUCAUGGGCCUUAAUCAGUACGUGAACGUGUCUUUCGAGUUCAUCGAGUCCAUUCACCGACUGUGCCCUCUGUUAGAAACCCUUGCUAUCGAUGCAUAUCAAGCAGAAGCUCUCUCAGACUAUUCGACUACUACUGAUAAUACAGUAAAUGGAGAGGAAGACAAUUUCAAUGACUUUAACAACCUCCCACGACUAUUUAAUUUGAUGACAACCUGUACUACUCCUUCGCCUCAUAUGCGCUCUUUCCACCUUAAAAGCCAGUAUGGCGCCGACCGUUAUUACGAAUGGCUACCCUUCUUAGCCCUCAAAUAUCCUAAUCUACAAUCAUUAGACUUCCAUCAUGCUGGUACCAGCAAAGAUAUGAUUGCACCGUUCUGUCCAAUAUCUAUAUAUCAACAUUUUCUGUCAAGUUGCCCACAUAUUAGAUCGAUGAAAUGGAAUAACGCAGCGCCAGACUUCCGGUUUUUUCAUGAGCUUAACAAAUUGAAAUAUAGUGGAUUAUCACAGCUAGAAAUCUACGAUCAGGUGGCUUUACCAGACUUGUUUUACAGGGCCUUGUUUGAUUGUCAAUAUAUUAAUAUUUUAGAACACAUUACUGAAUUGACCUUGGGACCUUUACCAACCAAAAAUGUUAAUCAUCAGCAGCACGAAGCGGAUAACAACAGUGAGCGUGCUAUUAGAAGUAGCAGUAAAGUCUGGUCGUCUCCCGAUGAUCUCAUAAAAGCAAUAGGUGAAGCUUGUCCCAAACUAUUGCAUCUAGAAUUACGAGAGCCUCAUUGCAAUAUUUCUAUGCCUUUCAAAAUUGACACGAUACUCAAUCAUUGUCCAAGACUCAAAAGUUUAUCUCUUAACCGUAUUGCACUGCGGCUCUCAACACCACCACCAUCAAUGUCCGCAGAAGCGUCUGGUUCAGUUCUUCUUCAUCCAUCCCUGCCGUUUGCAAUGCCUGUUCUCAACGAUCAUCCUUUGAGAAAGUUGGUGAUGCACCAUUGCUCUUCCUUUGACGGUGUCUUUACUCACAUUUCUUACCGUUGUCGAGAUUUAAAAGAACUAGAACUCUUUGCUUUUACACAACGUGAUCGACGCUAUAAAGUUCAAAUUCAUAUGCCGUAUCAGUCAUUUACAAAUGUACAGCUUCAUGGUUUGCGAACGGAGACCUUUGAUUUGGAGCGACGAAUCCGAUUUUUUAGUAUCUCUGACGCUACGCAACAGCAACAACAAACAGCCAAUUGGUAUUACAUGAAGGAAUUCCAUUUGUGUGAUCAACAAACGACUUGUGGUCGAAACACAUAUCACUAUCGUUGUUGCUUGGAAACGGCCAAUCAGUUCAAUGCUUUGACAGGUUCAGAGGUCUGUUUCUUACGUCAAUUAUUGGCAAGACCAAUGGCCUGGGAAGAAGUUGAGUUGAUGAAAAGAGAGUUUCUAGAAAGACAAUGCUCAAAUUCAACAAUAGCCUAUUGGCAGCCGAAGGAUAUCUAUGAUGCCGGCUAUGUUGAUUUUGUAUGCAGUAAAGUAGAUAGACUUGUGAUCAACAAGAAGCGGAUUUUGAACGACGAAUAA